UCUUCCUAGAGACGCUUUCCGCUUCGACUUACCGCCAAAACGGAAAGAUUCAAAUGCCUUAAGCAGAGAGCAGCUCUCGCGUCUGAGCUACGAGGAAUGGAGGACGAGGGAGAGGCUCUUUCAGCAUCGAGCGACAAAUCCCUUAGAGAGCCUGAGGAUGACAUCGAUUGCGUAUCUAAUAGUGGCGAGGACGACGACGACGAUGAAUGGAAUGUAGAAUCUCAGGCGGGUACCAGUUCGCCAGACGAAGACCGUAAAUCGCAAAAUGUUGAUGCUCUUGUGAGGGGUAACCUUAUUGUGAAAAGACAGUCCCUACUUCCACGAGUCUAUUCAGUGACAGAUGCAGCAGCCAAUCUCCGAAAGCCAUUCAAACCUCCAAGCUCCAAUGGUUACAGUAGUAGCAAUGAGCAUCUAGCUCGCCGUCUUUGUGCUCGUAAAAGGUUUGUGCCAUGGGGUUCAACAAGUCCAACAUUGAUUGCUAUUACAAACAGGCUGAAAGCUCCAGAAGCUGCUGAGAUAGAUGUGGUGGAAGACAAUUUAGAACUGCCACCUGGUGUUGAACCUCUGGUGUUGUGGCAGCCUGAAGAGAUUGUGGAGGAAGGCUAUAGUUUAGUACCUAUAAUUGUGGAUCCAUUGCUUGUUAGGUUCCUUCGUCCUCAUCAAAGGGAAGGGGUCCAGUUCAUGUUUGACUGUGUGUCAGGUGCACUUAGUAGCUUCAAUAUUAAUGGAUGCAUUUUGGCUGAUGAUAUGGGUUUGGGGAAGACUCUGCAAUCAAUCACACUACUUUACACUCUUCUUCGCCAGGGAUUUGAUGGAAAAGCUAUGGUCAGGAAGGCAAUAAUUGUGACCCCUACUAGUCUUGUUAGUAAUUGGGAGGCCGAAAUCAGUAAAUGGGUUGGAGAAAGAGUUAAACUUGUUGCUUUAUGUGAAAGCACCAGAGAUGAUGUUGUGUCUGGCAUAGAAAGUUUUAUCAAUCCCCAUAGUAAUAUACAGGUUUUAAUUGUUUCCUACGAGACAUUUCGGAUGCAUUCUUCAAAAUUCAGUAAUUCUGGAUCAUGCGACCUUCUCAUAUGUGAUGAGGCUCACAGAUUGAAAAAUGAUCAAACACUGACAAAUCGAGCAUUGGCUUCUCUAGCAUGCAAACGCCGGGUUCUGCUAUCAGGGACUCCAAUGCAAAAUGAUCUAGAAGAGUUUUAUGCCAUGGUUAAUUUCACCAAUCCGGGUAUCUUGGGUGAUGCUGCACACUUUCGGCGUUAUUUUGAGACACCAAUAAUAUGUGGUAGGGAACCCACUGCCACAGAGGAAGAGAAGAAACUAGGAUCUGACCGCUCUGCUGAACUGAGUUCCAAAGUUAAUCAGUUUAUUUUGAGGAGGACAAAUGCGUUAUUGUCAAACCACCUACCACCAAAGAUAAUUGAAGUUGUUUGUUGCAAGCUGACACCGCUCCAGUCAGAGCUGUACAAUCAUUUUAUACAUUCAAAAAAUGUGAAACGAGCUAUCGCUGAAGAAGCAAAACAGUCAAAAAUCUUAGCUUACAUAACAGCUCUGAAGAAGCUUUGCAAUCAUCCAAAGCUGAUAUACGACACGAUACGAGGUGGAAGUCCAGGGACAUCGGGUUUUGAGGACUGCAUUCGCUUUUUCCCUCCAGAAAUGUUCUCUGGAAGGUGCGGCUCAUGGACGGGUGGCGCUGGAUUGUGGGUUGAACUUUCAGGGAAAAUGCAUGUCUUAGCCCGGCUACUGGCUCAACUUCGUCAGAAAACAGAUGAUAGGAUUGUUUUGGUUUCCAAUUACACACAGACACUGGACCUUUUCUCUCAAUUAUGCCGUGAAAGGAGAUAUCCCUUCUUAAGACUUGAUGGAACUACGUCAAUUAGUAAAAGACAGAAGCUAGUUAAUCAUUUCAACGAUCCAGCAAAGGAUGAGUUUGCAUUUCUGUUGAGCAGCAAGGCUGGAGGUUGCGGUCUUAAUUUGAUUGGUGGGAACCGUCUGGUUUUAUUUGAUCCUGACUGGAAUCCAGCCAAUGACAAACAGGCAGCUGCAAGAGUCUGGAGAGAUGGACAAAAGAAGAGGGUCUACAUCUAUAGGUUUUUGAGUACUGGAACUAUUGAAGAAAAGGUUUACCAGCGUCAGAUGUCAAAGGAAGGUCUUCAGAAAGUUAUUCAGCAGGAACAAACAGAUUCUGAUAUCCAGGGAAACUGUCUCUCAGCAGAAGACUUGCGGGACCUGUUCACAUUUCAUGAUAGUAGGUCUGAGAUUCAUGAAAAAAUGAGCUGCGACCGCUGCCAACCAGAUGCAGUGAUGCCGGAUGACAACAUCAUAGCUGAGUUGCACACUCAGGGUCAUCAGCCUGAUCAAGAGGAUAUUGGGGGGUUUGCAGGUGUAGCUGGUUGCUUGCAUACAUUACAAAGCUCAGAGAAGCAGAUUGGAGCUCCCAAGGAAGAGGACUUGGCCAGUUGGGGUCAUCAUUUUUCCCCAAAAUCAGUACCAGAUGUAAUUUUCCAGUCCGCAGCAGGAAAUGAGGUUUCGUUUGUUUUCACUUGCCAAGUGGAUGGGAAACUCGUGCCUGUUGAAUCAAUUCUAAAGUCAAAACAAGAGGUGGAAAAUAGAGAUUCACCUCAUUUCAAAGAAAUGCUUAUGAGAAAGGCCACAUUUUCAUCUCCACGUCAAGCACCAUCACUGAAGACGAUGUCAUCAAGCAAGCCGUCUAGUGAGAAAGAAAACUCUUUUCCGAAACAGGAUUUGAUAUUGCAAGCUCAAGCACUGUCAGCAUCAACUCCUAAUGGAACUUCUAUGAGUACAUUACCUGCAUUUUUUAAACCUUUGCAAAAGCCAAGAAGCAAGUUAAAUAGACCUUUAGAAGAUACUAAAAUAUACGAGAAGAGCAAACUCUCUUCCGAGAAUCUUUUGCCCAAAAAGAGAUUAUCUCCUGAUUACAUAUAUGAUGAUGAUUUUGCCUAGAACUUGGUCCCUCUGUGUUUU